AUGAAAAAUGGCCCCAAGAUUUCCCAGCAGAACAUUGCCCAAAGCAUCACACUGCCUCCGCUGGCUUGCCUUCUUCCCAUAGUGCAUCCUGGUACCAUGUGUUCCCCAGGACGCCGCACUGACCCCAUCAUCUAUGCAGUGGGAGGCUGCAGUUUAGAUGGAAGAAAGACGACCUUCAGAAGAAACUCUGACAAGAGUCUUGAGAGAGCCAGCAAGAGGAGGAGGACAACUGCCUUUAAAGGAAAGUACGAGGAGGGAGAACUGCUGGGUGAAGGAGGCUUCGGAUCGGUCUUUGCUGGCUACCGCAGAGUCGAUAGUCUGCCAGUUGCCAUAAAACGUAUUGCCGAGUUUGGCAUUAAGCGCACACCAAUGCUUCUGGAUGGCAGAAUGUGCAAGGUCCCUCUGGAGGUGGCACUGCUGCUGAAAGUCCAAUCAGCAGCUGCAGGGACCAGUGCAGCCGUGGCCCUACUGGACUGGUACGAUCUGAACCACGAGCUGAUCCUCAUUCUGGAGAGACCAGUACCCUGCAUGGACCUCAUAGACUUUAUGGAAACUAGAGGGUCCCACCUGCAGGAGAAUGAGGCUAAAACCAUAACCAAACAGAUGGUGGAUGCUCUGAUUGAAGUCCAGUCCAGUGGUGUGUUCCACAGGGACAUCAAGCUGAACAACAUUCUGAUUGAAACCGGCUCUGAUGUCCCACAAGUCCGAAUUAUUGACUUUGGCUGUGGCACAUUUCUGUCAGAAGAAGUGUACACUACAAAACAAGGAACCUUCGACUACACCAGCCCCGAAUGGUUCCUCUGCCAGAGCUACAGGGCCGAACCCACUACUGUUUGGGAGCUCGGUGUAGUGCUGUUUGGGAUGUUGCAUGGAUGUCUCCCCUUCUCAAACAGCUUCGACAUUAUCAACGAGGACCCAGAAAACAGACAUGGUCUUUCUUAUGACUGCCAGGAUUUUAUUUUGAGCUGUCUGGAGAAGCGCCCAGAGGACCGGCCUACCCUGGAGACACUUAAACACCACUCCUGGGUGAUAUGAUCCAGACUGGACCUCUCUGGACCACAGAUGGACCUCCAGCUCCCCUUCCUCCAUGAUUAAUGCUGCUGUGGUUCCAAUGUCUGGCUCUAACUGCAUCCUACUUUGAAGCAGUAGAA